ACAGUCAUGCCAAGAAGUGUAUGAUGCUCAAAGGUCAAACGUGAGUCAGUUGGUAUCUCUGUGCUUUGGUUCACGUCAACUUCCCAUUCUCUGUCAAAUGGGAGAUUUUGGAUGUGGAGAUGGAGGGUGGACGCCUGUCAUGAAGAUCAAUGGGAGUAAUGAGACUUUUGAUUAUAUGUCCAGGUAUUGGGAGAAUACAGAGGAAUAUAACAUCCAAGGAGGAAUGACUGGGUUUGACUCAGAACAGACCAAGUUACCAAGCUACUGGAACACGCCCUUCAACAAGAUGUGCCUCGGCAUGAGGAUCGGUAAUCAGACUAAAUUUAUUGUUAUCAACAAGAACGCAAGUUCCCUCUUGUCAUUGAUUGGUGACGGGCAAUACCGAAUUCUGUCAUUGGGUCGUAAUAAAUGGAAGACCUUAAUUGGUUCACAAGCGUCCCUACAGCAUAAUUGUAACAAGGAGGGAUUUAAUGUCAGGUGCAGUAGUGAUGCAGGUUCUCGAGCACGAAUCGGCAUCGUUAGUAACAAUGAGCAAAGUUGCUCAUCUUGUGACUCCAGGCUCGGAUUUGGUUCAUGGGGGCAACCUAAGAAAUCGAACGCGUGUGGAAAUGUAGCCAAGCACGGUGGUGAUAACGGCAAUCAAAACAUAAAAGCAAUGGGAUAUAUACUGGUGCAGUGACUAAGGAAUUUUUAAUACAGCUACCACCUCAGCUGCUCGAAGGAACCAACAUAUGACUUGCGAGGGGCUUUCGAAAUAUUCAGUCGCACCACUUAAAACAUGUCCAUUUUCUUUUCAAGUAGAAAAGAAGAGUCCUAAUCGAUCGACCUAAUGCUCACAUGUAGAAAAUACGUAGCUGUCAAAUAGGGCUAAAUAAAACCAAGAGAACGUAAUGUAAAAAAAUGAAAAUAAAAUAAGCACACUUUCUUAAAACUCAAGAUUAA